GGUGUCUGCUCAGACAGGCUCUGGAGCAGAUGGGGGCCUGCUGUGGGAGAAAUUGGAGUGUGGCAGUCGGUGCUGGGGCAUUCAGGUAGGCCGCCAGGAAGAUGCUAGCUGGCUUGAGGACACCGUGUACAGCCCAGCUGGUUGAAGGUGGCUCACCCUUGCUAGCCAGCUCCCAAUUCCCGAAUGGGGCCUGUUAGACCCCGUGUUCUGCGUACUCUUCCUCCCUCCCCACAGGCUCCUGUUGGUGGCAGAGUCUCCUGUCUGCGAGGCAGGUCUGGUAAAUUCUGACAGGCCACAGUGCGCAUCUGUAGAUGAGAGGCUUGAAAAAAAAAAGGAGCAGGAAAAUGGCCUGGAUUUUUGGAGGCUUUGAGGCUGGUCAGUUCUUCAAGAAAACAAAAGAAGAGGAGAGAUUGGGCUCAAAUCUCUGGAGGCUGGACCCCUGUGGUUGAAUGUGGAGCUUAAUACCACUUGAACAAAGAAAGGAGUGGAAAAUUGCACCAUACCAGUCCAGAUCCACUUCCAGUGACAGCUCUGGUGGUGCAGAAGUUGCUGCUGGCCAUCACCCUCAACAGUUCUGCACCCAGCCAGGAAGCAUUCAGCUCUCCCCAGCCUGGUUGUGCCUCUUCUGCACUUUAUCUAUAUAUUAUUGACUAAGAUUGUGCUUAAGUAGGAGCCUGAGUGACUGCUAGGUUGAUUUUAAGUUGUGUUCUCCACUUUAUCUCCUGCAUCAUCAAAACAGUGUCAAGGUACAGAUCUGUGACUGAUCUGUUGUAAGGACUGAAAUUGUUAUACAGCUACUUAAUUGAGUCUUCUGUUAACUUUUACCAUGACUGGGGCAGAAGUUGAGUCUGGUGUCCAGGCCAAGCCUGAAAAAAAGGCUGGGGAAUUGGGUAUGGGAGGGGUUGAGCGAGAGAAUGAAGUCCCUUUGGUGGUCAGACCCAAGAUUAGACCCCCGGUCCAGCUAUCUCCUGGAGCAAAGCCCAAAACUGAGUCCAAGUCUACACCUGGAGCAAGGUCCAAAACUGAGUUACCAGUAGUGGCUGGGGCAAGACCAGAUACAGAGGUCUCAGCAAUAGCUGGAGUAAGGCCCAAAAUUGAGUCCCCAGUAGUAGCUGGGGCAAGGCCCAAAACUGAUGGGAGGGCAGUAGGUGGUGCACGUCCUAAGACUGAGGCCAGAGCAAUCCCUGGGGUAAGGCUUAAGAAUGAUGCUCUAGCAUGGUCCCAGACUGAGUUUGGGGCUGAGGAAAUGUCGCAGUUAGAUGGAGCAUCACAGUUGAAUGCUGUCACCUGGCCACUGGUCAGUGCUGAUUCUGGGUCAGUUACUAAAUCCAGAGGCUUGUCUAUGGAUACAGAACUGGUCAGUGUGGACACUGAAUCAUUUUCUGGCACUCACGGCCAGACAGUAAUCCAACACUGGUUUGGACAAGGGGAGGAGGCUAACGGAGGUUCUUGGUGCUAUCCCAGGCCCAGAACCAGAGAGGAAACCUCUAAUGAAUCGGGAUUUUGGUCAGCAGAUGAGACUUCUGCUGUGUCUUCUCUGUGGGCAGGAGAAGAGUCUAGUAUCAGAUCCUGGCCCAGGGAAGAAGCCUAUACCAGGUCCAGGCACAGGGCUAAACAUCAGACUAACCCCAGGUCCAGGCCCAGAUCCAAGCAAGAGGCCUAUUUGGAUUCUUGGUCUGGGUCUGAGGAUGAGGCUGGCAACCCAUUCUGCUUUUGGACUGGUGAAAAUACCAGUAACUUGAUCAGUCUGAGAGUGAGAGAAGAAAAAAAUACCAGGUCCAAACUGAAAACAAAGAGAGAGGAGAGUUUUGAAUCCGAGUCUGAAGAUGAGUUCUAUAACGAGUCCUGGUUUUUGACUGGAGAAGAGGCCAAUAAUAGAUUCAGGCACAGAGACAAUGAAGAACCUAAUGGCAUCUUGAAACACAGGGCCCAGAAAGAUGUUAAAAACAGUGAUAGAGCUGAACAAGAGUCCCGGUAUGAGGAGGAAGUCAUUUUUGGGUCCUGGUUCUGGACAGAAAAAGAGGCCAGUUUGGAGGCUGGAGCUUCAGCAAUUUGUGAUUCUGAGUCAGGGCCUGAGGAGGGGGCCAUUGGUGGAUCAUUGUUCUGGACUGAAGAAAAGUCCAAUUUGGGGGCUUUGGCCAGAGAAGAGGCCAGGCCUGAAUCUGAAGAAGAGGCAAUAUUUGGAUCCUGGUUUUGGGAUAGAGACGAGGCCUGCUUUGACCUAAAUCCUAGUCCUGUGUACAGGGUCAAUUGCAGGUUUGGAGAUUCAGUGGAGGAGGAGCCUAAUGUAUCAUCCAGGCCCAAGUCCUGGGAUGAGGUCACUGUUCAAUUUAAACGUCCUUGUCGUGUGAUUGGCUUCCCACCCCUAACCUCUUUUAGAAUUUCUGAAAGGUCUUAUGAAGCAGUUGAGGCAAAGCACAAGAACAUGGAACUUAGCCCAGAAAGGGAAGAGGAAGAACUUUUGUUUGAACCUGAUCAGCUUGCAUCUGUGUUUCCAUUUCAAUAUGAUCCUUCCUACCGGUCAGUCCAAGAAAUUCGUGAACAUCUUAGGAUCAGGGAGAAUGCAGAACCUGAGAAUUGGUACUGUAGCUGCAUUCAGUGUGAGCUUAAAAUUAGGGCUGGAGAGUUCGAAGAACUCCUUCUAUUAAUGGACAAAAUUCAGGAUCCUUUUAUUCAAGAAAUCUCUAAAAUUGCAAUGGGUAUGAGAAGUGCUUCUCAAUUUACCCGAGAUUUCAUUCGAGAUUCAGGCGUUGUCUCUCUCAUUGAAACACUGCUGAAUUAUCCAUCCUCCCGUGUUAGGACAAGUUUCUUGGAAAACAUGGUUCACAUGGCUCCACCAUAUCCAAAUCUAAAUAUGAUUGAGACAUUCAUAUGCCAAGUUUGUGAAGAAACCCUUGCUCAUGAUGUGGAUUCCCUUGAGCAGCUGACUGGAAUAAUGAUGCUUAGACAUCUCACUAUGACUGCUGACUAUCACACACUGAUUGCCAAUUAUAUGUCUGGAUUUCUUUCCCUGUUAACCAAAGGCAAUGCAAGAACAAAGUUUCAUGUUCUGAAAAUGCUGUUGAACUUGUCUGAAAAUUUUAAGGUGGCAAAAAAACUAUUCAGUGCCAAAGCUCUGUCAAUAUUCGUGGGUCUUUUUAACAUAGAAGAGACAAAUGAUAACAUUCAGAUUGUUAUUAAAAUGUUUAAAAAUAUCAGUAAUAUUAUAAGAAGUGGGGCAAUGGCCUUCAUUGAUGAUGAUUUCAGUCUUGAGCCACUUAUUUCUGCAUUUCAUGAGUUUGAGGAGUUGGCUAAGCAACUGCAAGUCCAAAUAGACAGUCAGAAUGAUCCUGAGGUGGGACAACAGAGUUAAUAUGGUUAACCACCUGCUGCUGAUCAGCCUUACGUUCCCAAAGAGCCCUGAAUAGUCCUUUAAUGUUGACAGUCUGGUUUUAUGUUGUAACUUACAUUUUUAAUGCUGCUGUUAACUUGUUAAACUCUUGUUUUAAGAGUUAAACUCUUGUUUUAAGAUGGAUCAUUUCAUGGAUGCCAAAUGAAUAUUAGAACUGAAAACAUUUGUUGAUGUUUGUCUUGCUGUGCAGAUUGUGAAUUUUUUUAGUGUUGAGCUUCCAGUGAAUUGAGUCAUCUGAAUAAGCUAUGCUGUUAUUCACUGUUUAAACAUGUUGUUCUCUACUUGAGUUUGUGUUUUCAAUAAAGUUCAAUGCUAAAAUAGGCAUAAA